GCUGCGCAAGAUGCAGUAGGCUCUCCUUAUGAACUUUGGGAUGACCGCAUUUAUUUCCUGAGAACCUUGUAGAUAUAACCACAUCAAUUCAAUCAUUUGAAGGACUGUCUUCGCUACCUAACAUUGUAGGCGCAAUUGACGGCUUCCAUGUCAGGAUCAAAGCGCCACCAGGCAGUGCAGCUGACUUCUUCAGUCGGUACCAACAGCACGAUUUCAUGAUACAAGCUGUUGUCAAAGGAAACAAAAUUUUCCCGGAUUUCGCUUGUGGAUCUCCUGGAAGUAUGCGCAAUGUU